AUGGUGUCUCCUUCAACGCCUAAAACUCAAGGUCCUCCAGAGGUCCCAACAGCAAUUGAACCAGACAGAUAUCAGAAUGCCGUCCAGGAUAAGCAUGAGGGCUUUGAUGCCUGGAUUCAAGUUGUCGGAGCCUUUCUCAUAUACACAGCAACAUGGGGUCUCUUGAGUGCAUACGGCUCAUACGAAAAGUACUAUGAGACAGUCAUGCUAACAUCUACACCCUCAACCAACAUCGCUUGGGUCGGAACGCUCCAAGGUGUCAUCCUUAUUUUGGGAGGUGUUGUGACCGGCCCAAUCUUUGAUCGAGGAUAUUUUAGAGAGCUUCUCAUCAUUGGAACCCUCAUCACAGUACUUGGCGUCAUGAUGCUGAGUUUGGCCCACAGUUAUUAUCAGGUCCUCCUCGCCCAAGGCGUCUGCGUCGGCAUUGGGAGUGCAAUCCUCUAUGUACCAAGUAUCUCCAUGGUUGCCUCCAGGUUUGAACGACGACGUGCUUUGGCCGUAUUCUGUGCUACUUUGGGAACAGCUGUUGGAGGUAUUAUCUACCCUAUCAUCUUUACCAAUCUCCAGCCAAGGAUUGGAUUCGCGUGGACUACACGUGUUCUCGGCUUUGUCACCCUUGCUGAGCUUAUUGGAGCGUUGGCCAUCAUGCUACCCGCCACCAGGGGCAAGCUUUCACACAAAGUGCGCUCUCUUCUAGACCCAACCGCUUUCCGUGAUCCUGCCUUUAUGGCAUUCUGCCUCGCCUUAUUUCUCAUGUGGGUUGCAUACUGGGUGCCCUUCUUCUUGCUUCCACUCUACGCACAAUUCAAGGCCGGUGCAAGCUCCAACCUGUCCUUCUAUGUCUUGGUCAUUUGCAAUGCCUCCACUAUACCUGGCCGGUAUUUGGCGGUUCCCAUGUCCAACAGAUUUGGCCCAUCAAUAACCAUGGCUGGAUUUGGAAUUAUAUCCAGUAUCCUGUUCUUCGGAUGGAUAGGCGUUGACACUGUUCCCUCCAUCAUCGUUUGGGCUGUACUUAUUGCUCUGUUCAUGGGACCUCUUUCGGUCAUCUACCCGAUCCUUGUCCCUCGACUCUCGCCCAACCCGGAACUUGUCGGUACGCGAAUGGGAAUAUCAUCUGCGGCGGCUGCGCUUGGGACCUUGAUUGGAUUUCCAGUCACAUCCGCCUUGAAUGAUAUUGAAGCUGGAAGCUUCUGGAAGAGCCAGGUCUUCAAUGGCUGUUGUAUGCUAGCAGGAUCUGUGCUGAUGAUCUAUGUCCAUUUUAAGACGACCAAAUCACUCUGA